ACACAACAAUACCAUCUAUUUAAACUGUGGCUCAUACUUUUCAUACCAAUGGUAUGACUUUUCUGGAGUCCCUCUUCUGAUUCUUGAACUCCGGGGCUGGCAGCUUGCAAAGGGGAAGCAGACUCCAGCGCUGCACGGGCAGGUUUACCAAAGGUCUCUAAUGGGUAUUUUCUUUUUCUAAGCCCUGCCCCUGAAUUGUCAGACGGCGGGCGUCUGCCUCUGAAGUUAGCAGUGAUUUCCUUUAGAGCCCAGCCUUAUCUCCGGCUGCACGUUGCCUGUUGGUGACUAAUAACACAAUAACAUUGUCUGGGGCUGGAAUAAAGUUGGAGCUGUUUACCCCCACUCUAUAGGGGUUCAAUAUAAAAAGCCUGCUGAGAGCUGUCCAGGUCAGACGCGCUUCUGCCUCGGCACUGGGAGCAGCGCCGCCAGGGUCUUCGGUCCCCGCGCUCCACGGCCGCGUGCGUCCUCCGACCGCUCCCACUGCCUCCUCUCCCGGCAGAAACCUCUUUUUUCUCCCGUUAAAGAGCAUUCGGGCUGAAGGAUCACUUUGAGAUCUGAAUGACCAGAAACGCUUGAAGGGAACUAAAGCUGCUUUUCUGUGUUUUGUUCCCCCCCCCUUCGGGUUUAGUUCGCCGGGGGAAGGAUUUUGAUCCCUUUUUCAGAAUGGAUUAUUUCCCCAUGAUUUUCGCUCUGCUGUUCGUGGCUUUCCACGGAGCUACAGAAACAGCGGUCUUGGGCGCCGAGCUCAGCACAGGAGUGGAGGGCGGAGGGGAGAAGCCCUCUCCCAGCACUCCCUGGAGGCCCCGCCGGUCCAAGCGCUGCUCCUGCUCUUCCUUGAUGGAUAAAGAGUGUGUCUACUUCUGCCACCUGGACAUCAUCUGGGUCAACACUCCAGAGCACAUUGUUCCAUAUGGACUUGGAAGCCCUUCUAGGUCCAAGCGAUCCUUAAAGGAUUUAUUUCCCACAAAGGCGACACUCCACAGGAACAGAUGCCAGUGUGCAAGCCAAAAAGACAAGAAAUGCUGGAAUUUUUGCCAAGCAGGAAAAGAACUCAGGGACCAAGACACUAUGGAGAAAGGCUGGAAUAACCAAAAGAAAGGCAGAGACUGUUCCCAGCCUGGCGAGAAGUGUAUUCAGCAGCAGCUAGUGGCAGGAAGGAAAAUAAGAAGGUUGGAGGCCAUCAGCAACAGCAUCAAAACAUCCUUUCACAUUGCCAAGCUGAAAGCCAAGCUCUACAGAGAGAAGAAAGUGACCCACAACCGAACACACUGAUGGCAGGCUGUGGGGGCCUGUCUGAAGCCAUCUCGUCCACAGCGAGCCCCAGGCCUGACUCUGCGCUCUCUCCGCAUGGCUGGGAUCAGAGCAAAAGCACCCUCCCUGCUUAGACCGGUUCUUGUUCCAGACUGUCACAGGACCAGUGCCCUCGGUCUAAACAUUCCAAGAAAGGUUAAGGAGUCCCCCGUUCCAUCUUCAUUUGCCUCCAUCAGUGGUAACUGCUUUCUCUCCUGCUCUGGGGUGACAGUGGGCCGCUCCAAGAAGGCAGAGACACAGUGACCUGCAGAUUAGGCUGGCCUCCUCCAGCGGGAGGAGAGGAGAUUCCACGUGCGGGCGGAGUUCCGGAAGAGGGUCCGAAGGGAGUGUUUGUGUCUCACUCAGGCGCCUGGCACAUUUCAGGGAGAAACUCCAAAGUCCACACAAAGAUUGUCUAAGGAGUGCACAGACUGAACACACUCGAAGGACAAACUCUCGAGUGAAAAAAAAAAAAAGACUUUUUUUUUAAAUUCAUAAAAUGCAAACCGAAAGAAACUGUUACUACUGUAAAUCAGGAUGCGUUGCAUAAAUAUGAGUCUACCUCACCUAUAUUGCACUCUGGCUGAAGUAUUUCCCCACCUUUAAUUAUUGUCUCCCCAAACUCUUCCUUCUCCCACUGCUCCCUCCUCUAAAAUCUUCAUACUAAAUCCUAACCUCGUGGAAGUCUGUCUAAUGUGUCAAUAGUAGAUAUAAUAUUUUCAUGGUAAUCUACUAGUUCUGUUUCGUGAGAAAAAAAAUCAUUGAAUCAGGAGAUUCCCUUACUUUGAUUUUUGGAAACACUGUGGUAUAGGGUUGGAUAUGGAAGACAUUGAAGGGUGGAACAUUGGUUAUGCUUUAAAGCAGUAAAAUUAUUUUCCUUUAUGCAACUGGCUAAUGGAAGAGGUGGAUUAAAUUUUGAUGUACUUAUUUUUUUAUAGAUAUUUAUAUUCGAACAAUUUAUUCCUUAUAUUUACCAUGUGAAAUAUAUGUUUGGGCAGGCCAUAUUGGUCUAUGUAUUUUUUUAGAAAUGUAUUUCUGAAUGAAAUUGAGAAAAUGCUUUGUUUUGCCUGUCAAGGUAAUGCCUUUAGAAAAUAAAUAUUUUUUCCCUA